UCAAAUAAUUUAUUAGCGUCAAGCUCGCGUUGUACCAUCUCCAUCAGAAGUAUAAGUUUCAGAAUGGAGGGUUAUUCGAUUUUCAAUGAACAAAAUCUAAUUUUGAAUAACACGAAUACUCUUUUCGACGAUAAAAUCGAGGCCCUAGUUAAAGUUUGGAAAACAAUCGCGGAAAUAGAUUUAGUCAAAUGUGACUUGAAGCGUGUGAUUCACGUGGUGGAUUGGGCCAUACUGCAUACUCUUAAUAGUGUCCUAAUUGCAGAGUGGAAUUACUACAAACUCAAUCAUGGCGACGGGAUACAAAACGUGAUAAAGGACGCGCAAAGAAAAGUGGUAGAAUUCAAUUCAAAUUUCAACAGCCGCUUUGAAAGAUUGAUAUACGUAGUGAAGGUACCUUGGACACAUUCAAUUUUGAUGAAUUUAAUGAAAACUAAAGACGCCAGAAUAAGCUCCGAAGAAAUCGAGUUUUUCCAUUUCGAGCAGACGUAUUUAAUUUCUCUCAGAUUGAAGAUUCUCUGUGAGUCGAGAUGUCAAGAUUUUGCUCUUAAUCUAGUGACAGCUUUCAUGACGUGCUACAGUUCUCUGGAAAAUGCAAGUGUAUACCUCAACGCCAGCAUAGAUCAGUUUUGGUAUAUGUUUGAUGUUCACGUAGCUCUGUUGUAUCAAGUCAGACAUCGAAAAGCUGUGCGAGAAUUGCUUGGGCAGUUGAACCUAGAGGAAGGCCUAUCGUUGGUGAAACGUUUCUACAAUAAAAAGAUUCAUAUGAUGAAACUUUGGAAGAACUGCAGGAAGAUCGCAAUUUCAGCAACGCAACUAUUCUUAACGCGUGCAGUUAACGAAAACGAUGAAACUCUCACCAGAUAUUUGGAAACUUACAUUGGCAUGUGCAGUACCGAAAACCUUCUACGCGAUUUGUGUGUUAACAUAGAGUACAUAAGCUUUAUAUUGAACCCGGCUGUGAUUUACGCUUGCUGCGAGGUUCUUCAAAGAAAAUUGGACUCGCAACUAAAAGCCUUCAUUGUUGAGAUGUACAUCAAAGGUCUUACUGCAGAUAUGAAUGAACUCGAACAUCAGAAACUCAUUGGAGAUAAUGAAAAAGUUGUGUUGAUAACUAGUAGGUUGGCGAAUGCUCUAUGUAAAUUGGCACAGGUAUUCGACGAAAACGUGGAGGUGGCAAAAGAAUGUAUUUUAACUGCCUUCAGUUUGGAACCCACUGAAGAACGUUUACUUUCGAUCGAAUCUAUGGCAGAGAAAAGUGGCUUUCAGAUAUGCCAUUCCAAACAGGAUUGGAAGUGUCCCCUACAUCCUCCUGUACUACCAACAGAUGAGCUCACGUGGAAGUGUGCCACAUGCAAUGACUGGAGGUGCAAACCUCAAUUAGAAGUACCUCUCAAAAUGAACAUAACCUUAAACGAGGCAGUUCACAAUUCAAUCUUAGGAAUACCUGGAGCUCUCUGUGAUGAUCUCAUCGUCUGCAUAUCAAACCCAAGAUAUCAGAUACUGAAGUGGUGUCUACCCUGGGACGUCUUACAUAGACUAUGUAUAAUGUAUCUAAAGGAUCCUGAAGCGACAAAGAACUUAGUAACGGACUUGAAAUAUCUCGACAUUGACUACUCCAUAUUCCAAGGCAUCAAGAAGGAACCCCUGGAUGAGUAUGCAGGAAUAGAAAAAGGUUAUGAACGGUAUUUGGAUACAAAUUUCCUACCAGUGGAACACUUGGAGCCUCAAAGAGUGGUGCCUGAUAAAAUUUCUGACAAUUUUGUCGAUGGUAGAGAUUACGACUGUUUGAAUAAUUAUUUACAUCAUCAAAAAACGUCAGUUAAGUGUAAAAAUGCCUCGUCAAAAUUGUUGCCAAUACCUGAGCCUCGGAGUAUUCUCAAAAAAAAUGUCCUUUACAGUGGUGCUUCCUCGGUAAUUUUGAGAAACAUUGCCGAAGGGAAGAUUCAGAAGAAAAAGAAUUAUCAGCGGAAAAGCGUUGUCGUGGAGACAACUAAAAGGUCUCCUGAGCAGCCUGCACCGACUGAUACCGAAAAAAUAAAGAUGAGGAUUUUGAGAAAUUCUCAGUCCAUAGUUUUGGAUAAGACAAAAGUUGAAGAAUGUUUCAAAAAGAAAUGAAGCUAGUUGAUAAGCUCAUCCAAUUUCUUUAAUUAAUCAUUGAGGCUACCUCACCAGUAUUAUUUGUUGAGUUAUAUGUAGUUGAAGUACAGAUAGUGAUUUUUUCAAUUAAACGAAAACAUGUAAGA